AUGCCUUUUAAAUUAAAGUUAAAGAAAACGCGGCAGUACAAUGUAGCUUCAAAGAGCUUGUUCGUGAUUAGUGUUGAAUUGCUAGACGGUGGUGUAGCAGAUUGUACCCUAUCGGUCGAUAGUACGGGGCAGGAGUGCCUUGAUAAUGUUUGCCAGCGGCAGGCUAUAAACCAACCGGAGUUUUUCGGGCUCAGAUACGUGAAUCGUAGUCAACAACCGCGAUGGGUCCAAUUAGAACGCCCCUUGAAACGUCAGUUGGACAAAUACGCAUCAUCCCACCAACUGUACCUUCGUGUUAUGUAUUAUAUCAUAUCUGGCACCAGUCUCAUCACGGAUGAAGUCACGCGAUACCAUUACUUUCUCCAGUUAAAGAAUGAUCUAAUUGAGGGACGAAUUAUUUGUGAUUGCCAACAAGCUGUUGUUUUGGCAUCAUAUAGCCGUCAAGCUGAAUAUGGAAAUCAUGAUCGGGAGAGACAUACAGUGGAAUACCUAAAAAAUCUCUUGACAUUUCCCAAGCAAAUGCUGGAUGGCGGUCAAAUCAUAGAUGGCAGUACAUUGGCAGAGACAGGGCGGCUAGAAUGGUUAACUGCAGCGGUUAUACAACAUCACAUGUCUCUUCACAAUAUGUCACAGGCGCAAGCGGAAGAAGGCUUCAUCACCGCAUGCCAGCAGCUGCGAGGCUACGGCCAGGAAAUGUUUAGCGCGCGAGACCAGCUCGACCAGAGUGAAGUCACUAUCGCCGUGUCACUCACCGGCAUCCGGGUGCUGACGGAGACCAGCGACACGCCACACUUUUACAGAUGGAUGGACAUAACAAACGUGAUCAACCACAAGCGGACCUUCAGCGUGGAGUGCCAACGGCCUCUCAGCUCGGCGGCCUUUGUUUUGCCCAGCCCUGAAGACGGGAAGUACGUGUGGCGCAUGUGCGUGCAGCAACACACUUUCUACAUGCGGCACCGGGUCGCCCUCAGCACGGCACACACCGUCACGCCCGAAGAACCAAGACCCAACUUCCAGGAGCACGGUUUGUCGGAGAGCCGCGAGGAGCUAGAUGUGCGGGAUAGCGGGAGCACUUCCCGAUUGGAUCCGCAGUCCGCACUGUCUCCGCUGUCCCCACAGGCCCCACUGUCGGCAGCACAUCGUGCACACUCCACGUCAUGCCUCGAGCUGGCCGACCACCCACCACAGCCGCUGCCCAGGAACAGAGCUCUUUUGCCUUCAUACCGACCGGCGCCCGAUUACGAAACGGCUAUCCAACAGAAAUAUCAGCAGCAAAGAGCAGAAGCGCAGAUUCGAUAUCAGAACCAUCACACCACAUUCCCAACUCCUUGGCAGCAGUGCCAAACCUCUAGUAUACGGAUCCCAUCCAGACAUCCAUAG